GGGAGGACAGAGAGGACGAGACGGAAGAGCUGAGCUGAUGACUGUAAUAGCGAACGUGUCUGCGCCCUGAGACAGCAGGAAUUCUCAGUGGUUCCUCUGGCAGCGCUGGACGUGAUCACCGACCCGCAGUCUCUUCUUCAGGACCUGAAAUCACUCGUGUUUGAAAGUGCGUCGCAGAAAUAAGGACCAGAUCAGCUGUUUAUUUUGUUUGUUCAUUGAGGGAAGCGGCAAAUUGUUUUGUGCCUCAACGAACCCAGCAUCGUAUCAGACCUGCAACAGGAGUCAGUGGAGAUCAAACUGAUCAGAUUCAUCAUGGAUGAAACACAAACAUCAGGAGAUGAAGAUUUUUCUACAGGAUGCAGAUCAUUUCAUCAGAUGACAUCAUAUCCAGAGCCCAGCUGUGUGUCUAUGAAGAGUGACGCGUCUAUGAAACAACCAAUGAGGUUUAACGGUGGAGAUUCACGGCCUGGUCUCAGAUCAUUUCAUCAGAUGACAUCAUAUCCAGAGCCCAGCUGUGUGUCUAUGAGGAGUGACGCGUCUAUGAAACAACCAAUGAGGUUUAACGGUGGAGAUUCACGGCCUGAUUUCAGAUCAGUUCAUCAGAAGAGAUCAUAUCCAGAGCCCAGCUGUGUGUCUAUGAAGAGUGAUGCAUCUAUGAAAGAACCAAUGAGGUUUAACGGUGGAGAUUCACGGCCUGAUUUCAGAUCAGUUCAUCAGAAGAGAUCAUAUCCAGAGCCCAGCUGUGUGUCUAUGAAGAGUGAUGCAUCUAUGAAAGAACCAAUGAGGUUUAACGGUGGAGAUUCACGGCCUGGUCUCAGAUCAUUUCAUCAGAUGACAUCAUAUCCAGAGCCCAGCUGUGUGUCUAUGAAGAGUGACGCGUCUAUGAAAGAACCAAUGAGGUUUAACGGUGGAGAUUCACGGCCUGAUUUCAGAUCAGUUCAUCAGAUGAGAUCAUAUCCAGAGUCCAGCUGUGUGUCUAUGAAGAGUGAUGCAUCUAUGAAAGAACCAAUGAGGUUUAACGGUGGAGAUUCACGGCCUGAUCUCAGAUCAGAACCAGAGUCCAGCUGUUCGUCUAUGAAGAGUCACACGUCUACGGUUCAGCGAGGACACUUAAAGACUAGAGAUACACGGCCUGGUCUCAGCAAUGAGGUCCUUAACACGUUUAGAUCAAAUCUGAAGAGGAAGUUUGAGCGUCUGUAUGAGGGAACAGCGACGCAGGGAAACUCAACACUGCUGAAUGAGAUCUACACAGAGCUCUACAUCACAGAGAGUGAGAGUGGAGAGAUCAGUAAUGAACAUGAGGUGAGACAGAUUGAGACACAAUCCAGGAGAACAGCAACAGAGGACACAGCCAUCAAAUGCAAUGACAUCUUUACACCUUUACCUGGACAAGACAAAGCCAUCAGAACUGUGCUGACAAAGGGAGUCGCUGGCAUUGGAAAAACAGUCUCUGUGCAGAAGUUCAUCCUGGACUGGGCUGAAGGGAAAGAGAAUCAGGACGUCCAGCUCAUAUUUCCACUUCCUUUCAGAGAAAUCAACUUGAUGAAAGACAAAACACUCAGUCUUUCAGAUCUUCUUCAUGUCUUUUUCCCUGAAACUAAAGAAAUGGAAAUAUCCAGUGAUGAAUAUAAAGUGUUGUUCAUCUUUGAUGGUCUGGAUGAGUGUCGUCUGUCUCUGGACUUUAAGAGUAAAGUGAAACUGUGUAAUAUAUCUGAAUCAGCCUCAGUGGACAUGCUGCUGACGAACCUGAUUGUGGGGAAUCUGCUUCCCUCUGCUCUCAUCUGGAUCACCUCCAGACCAGCAGCAGCUGAUCUCGUCCCCUCUGAGUGUGUCCAUCGAGUGACAGAGGUACGAGGAUUCAAUGAGCCACAGAAGGAGGAAUACUUCAGGAAGAGAAUCAGUGAUCAGAGUCUGGCCAAUACAAUCAUCUCACACCUGAAGUCAUCAAGGAGCCUCUACAUCAUGUGUCACAUCCCAGUGUUCUGCUGGAUCUCAGCCACUGUUCUAGAGAAGAUGUUGAGUCGAGCAGAGAGUGGAGAGAUUCCCAAGACUCUCACUCAAAUGUACACACACUUCCUGAUCCUUCAGACCAACAUCAAACAUGAGAAGGACUAUGAGAAGAAGGUGACAGAUGAAGACAUGAUCCUCAAACUGGGAAAACUGGCUUAUCAGCAGCUUGUGAAAGGAAACCUGAUCUUCUAUGAGGAAGAUCUGAGAGAGUGUGGCAUUGAUGAGACAGAAGCAUCAGUGUACUCAGGAUUGUGCACUCAGAUCUUCAGAGAGGAGUUUGGCUUGUAUCAGGGGAAAGUCUUCAGCUUUGUUCAUCUGAGCAUUCAGGAACAUCUAGCAGCUCUAUAUGCACAUCUCUCCUGUACAAUCAAGAAGAAAAAUGUAGCUGGCCAACUUAAACAAAGUCUGUUAUCUAAGGUUUUAAAACUGAAAAAAUGUAAUUCAUUAUCUGAGCUGCAUCAGAGAGCUGUGGACGAGACUUUACAGAGUAAGAAUGGACAUCUGGAUCUUUUCCUGCGUUUUCUUCUGGGUCUCUCACUGGAGUCCAAUCAGACUCUCUUACGAAAACUACUGACACAGACAGGAAGCUGUCCUUACAACAAAGAGGAAACAGUUCGGUACAUCAAACAGAAGAUCAGAAAGAAUCACUCUCCAGAGAAAUUCAUCAAUCUGUUUCACUGUCUGAAUGAACUGGGUGAUGAUUCACUGAUGCAGGAGAUCCAACGUUAUCUGAAAUUUGGAGAAAUAAGACAAGCAAAACUCUCGUCUUCACAGUGGUCAGCUCUGGUUUUUGUGUUGCUGACAUCAGAGCAGAAGAUGGAUGUGUUUGAUCUGAAACAGUUUAUUGGAUCACAACAUACAGCAGAUGAAGUUCUUCAGUAUCUGUUACCUGUGGUUAAAGAAUCCAGAUCAGUUCGGUAAGUGACACUGAA